GACCGUCCGGCCGCGCUGCCGUUCAGCUCCGGUGACAGACCGCGCCGCCACGCCGCUACCGCUACUCUGCCGCCGGCCUUCACCUUCCGACCGGCCUCGGGAACCCUGGAGCCCGACCAGUGGAGCCUGGUGGACGUCAUCUUCGCGCCCGUCAGGAGCAAGACGUACACCAUGGAGGCCGAGCUGUCCGUGCAGGGCUCCGCGCAGACGUGGACCAAAGCGCAUGACCGGCGAGGGGUUGGACAGCGUGCUGGAGUUCUCGACGUUGGAGCUGCAGUUCGAGCCCAUCAUCCCGUACACGGAGGGCGGCCUGGCGGAGGUGGUCGUCUUCAACCCGCACCCGGUGCCGAUCGAGCUGUACUCGCUGGAGUUUGACAGGCAGUACCUGGAGGAGGAACACAUCCUGCGCACGCUGCCGGGCUACGGCGAGUUCGAGACGCUGGUGCUGCCGCCGCGCCAGCCGGGCGAGCCGCUGGCGGCCGAGGUGCGCUCCUUCUACGCCGAGCUGGUGCACCGCACUGGCCAGCCGGUGAGCCUGGAGGGUACGCUGCCGCCGGCCUCCGUUCCAGUAAGCCUGGAGGGUACGCUGACGUCGGCCUCUGUUCCAGUAAGCCUGGAGGGUACGCUGCCGCCGGCCUCUGUUCCACUGUGCCGCCAGCCGGUCCUCUAG